GGCAGCAGUAUGAAGCCUUUACCUCAGUUAAAAGUAGUCAGUGGAGAGUUGUGCAUCGAACCGGGAGGAAGGAACCAUGGCCGCACUUUUCAAAGCAAGGAAAGCUCUGGGCCUGUGUCUCAGUGGCUGUCGAGGUCUGUCUCAGCUAGCAGAGUUACCCGAGACUCAUCAGAUACUGAGACAGACCUGCAGAGACUACGCUGACAGGGAACUGACCCCCAUCGCUGCCAGACUGGACAAAGAGCAUUCGUACCCUGCCAAACAGAUUCAGGAGUUGGGGGCGAUGGGGGUGAUGGCCAUGGAGGUACCAGAGGAGCUGGGUGGUGCUGGGAUGGACUAUCUGGCGUACAGUCUGGCUAUGGAGGAAAUCAGCCGAGGCUGUGCCAGCACCGGAGUCGUGGUGUCUGUUAACAAUUCUCUCUACAUUGGACCAAUAUUGAAGUUUGGUACAGAAGAACAGAAAAAGCAGUGGAUCACACCGUUCACCACCGGAGAGAAGGUGGGCUGUUUCGCCCUCAGUGAGCCAGGUAAUGGCAGUGAUGCAGGUGCAGCCUCCACGGUAGCGCGUCAGGAGGGAGACGAGUGGGUGCUGAAUGGAACCAAAGCCUGGAUCACCAACAGCUGGGACGCCUCUGCCACCGUUGUGUUCGCCACCACAGACAAGACGCUCAAACACAAGGGUAUCAGUGCAUUCCUGAUCCCCAUGCCACACCCGGGGCUUUCUCUGGGGAAGAAGGAAGAUAAGUUGGGCAUCAGAGCCUCAUCCACUGCCAACAUCAUCCUGGAGGACUGCAGGAUACCUCUGGGCAACAUGCUGGGUCCUCGUGGUGCAGGAUUCAAGAUCGCCAUGCAAACCCUGGACAGUGGACGGAUCGGUAUUGCAGCUCAGGCUCUUGGUAUCGCUCAGGCUUCUCUGGACUGUGCUGCAGACUACGCACAGAAACGCACUGCGUUCGGGUCCCCCAUCAGCAAGCUGCAGGCCAUACAGUUCAAACUGGCUGACAUGGCUAUGGCAGUAGAGAGCGCUCGUCUCCUCACCUGGAAGGCGGCGCUCCUUCGAGAUUCAAAGAAACCCUUCACCAAGGAAGCAGCCAUGGCCAAACUAGCAGCAUCUGAAGCUGCCACCUUCUGCUCACAUCAGGCGAUCCAGGUUCUGGGGGGGAUGGGUUACGUGGCGGACAUGCCGGCUGAGAGGCACUACCGCGACGCUCGCAUUACUGAGAUCUACGAGGGCACCAGUGAGAUCCAGAGACUGGUUAUCGCCGGCCAGUUACUGAAGGAAUACCAGUCAUAGACUCUUCUCACUCCUCAGUGCCUUUGGUGCAGAAUGGACAUGUAAUCCCAGAUCUGGAAUCAGAUAAGUCCACCCAGAGACAUCACCUCAUCCAUAGAGAUAAAAAGCCAGUGUGGUCAAACUGAGGAAAUAAGCUAAGGUGCAACUUUUUUACUUUUUGACAACAGGCCUUUUCUAUCAGGGUUAGACCAGAGACGACACUACAGAACUUCAUAGGAGAUUCAGGUGAUUUUAUGUGUCAUUACCUCCACUGCCUGAAAUUUAAGAAUCUGGCUUCUUCUUAUCAUGUUAUUUGUACAGUUGGUGAUUUUAGUUGUGAUUAAUCAACCUGUCAGCAGACAAAUCUGACUCAUGACUCAUCAAUAGAAACCGUGGUAAUUAAAGAUCAAACCUGAGGCUGAGCACUCGUCCCUCCACUUAUCAAAAUAACACAAGUUCUUCCUUUAACAUGAGGAAGUAGAUAAAUAUUUAAACAAAGGAGAACAAGUUAGAGACUAACUGAACACAAUGUGAGUUAUUGAACAAGGGACUCGUUGGUUGUGGGACAUGAGGAAUCUGGGCUGUUUACCAAAAUGGAACUGGCUCUGAGGUCCCAGCAGCAGAGGCUGCUCACAGAGGCAGGAAGUGACGGAGGUACUUCCUCUCUGCGUCAUAACUCAGUCAAAUGUGAACACACAGCCCUGAUGCAUGUAUCUUUAGAUUUGCUGUGACUUGUUGUACAUCUCGAGGAUCGUUAUUUGUGAAGUGAGUUGUGAUAAACAUCCGUAAAAUUAGAAAUCACAGAAUGAAGACACGUAUAUGCUGCUAUAUCUGCAGAACGUGCCUGAGAAUCAUCUGCUUUCCUUCAGUAUGACAGAGAUUCAGUGACAGUUUUCUGUAUGUCCAUGGGCCCACUGCAGACAGGAGCUGCUAACAGCUGAUGCAGCGGAGGUUUAAUGGUGUCAGAAAUAUAAACAAAUAUAGGAUUAAAAUAAAAACAAAAACAACAAGGUUCAAGUUGCAGCCCACAGUUAAAGUGUCUGAGGAUAAUUUGGAUCAUGCCUCAGUCCCCGGUCAGGUCUCAGGUCCUCAGAAGGACCUGCGAGGACCUCUGCUGACCUCAGCAGCAACAUGAACUGACCCUUUAAUAACCACAGCAGGUUCAUUUAGUCCUGACACUGUCCCUGAACAUGAAGAACCAGCAGAGGGCGCCGCUGUGCCUUGGUGUUGCGUGACCCAUUUCUGGUUCAGAUUGGUGGAUCAGUAUAAAAACAUCACAGGGACACUCUCCUGUCUCAGGAUGAAAGCAGAGCUGACACUUAAAUAAUGAAGCGUUUUAUUCCUGUUGAACAUUCAGGACGGUCACAGCAGCGUAGAGUUCAAUUCCACUGUAAGAGGCUGUGAAAUGAGUUUUAUCUGCUUUGUUGUAGCUGAUCUCACAGACCUUGUGCCUCAUGUACAUAUAUUAUUGUAAUUUAUUGUGUGCAGAUGAAAAUAAAAACACAAUCGCAGUACUGUGUAGAAGCCA